AUGGACGGGGUUGAGAUUACCAAGGCCGUUCUCAAUAAAGGCAAGCAGAUGGCUAGUAGUGUCGCUGCCUCCGCUACCAAUGGCAAUGGCGGUAAGAAGAGAAGAAAAGGGACCGACUUAAAGCCGAUCGUCACCAACGACGCCGCCACGCCUGGAGUCGACCCAGCGACCACCACCACUGAGGGGGUUCCCGCAUACGGCGUCCCACCAUCGCGCUCAUCCUCUUCAUCUUCCGGCGAAGAACUAGAGACCACCGCGGAGGAAGAAGACUCGGAGGACUACUGCAAGGGCGGCUACCAUCCCGUCUCGGUCGGCGAAACGUACAAUAAUGGUCGUUAUGUGGUCGUGCGCAAACUAGGGUGGGGUCACUUUUCGACCGUCUGGCUGUCCCGCGAUACGACAACUGGGAAGCACGUCGCUCUCAAGGUCGUCCGUUCCGCAGCUCACUAUACCGAAACCGCCAUCGAUGAGAUCAAGCUAUUGAAUCGCAUCGUCCAAGCCAAGCCGUCCCAUCCGGGUCGCAAACAUGUCGUCAGUCUGCUGGACUCGUUUGAACACAAAGGACCUAACGGGGUCCAUGUCUGCAUGGUGUUUGAAGUGUUGGGAGAAAAUUUGCUCGGGUUGAUCAAGCGAUGGAACCAUCGCGGAAUCCCCAUGGCGUUGGUCAAGCAGAUCACGAAGCAGGUCCUGCUGGGAUUGGACUACCUCCAUCGGGAGUGUGGUAUCAUCCACACGGAUCUGAAGCCGGAGAACGUGCUGAUCGAAAUCGGCGAUGUGGAGCAGAUCGUGAAGACCUACGUUAAGGAGGAGGCCAAGAAGGAGCAAAAGGAAGAUAACCGCAAUGGCCGGCGACGGCGCCGAACCUUGAUCACUGGGAGUCAACCGUUGCCGAGUCCCCUCAACACUAGCUUCGACUUUAAGCACAGUUCACACAACUCUCAUAGCAGUCUGAGUCAGAUGGUGAGCGAGUCGUCUGUAGCAUCCAAUACAGAGAGUUCAUCGAUGAAGGAACUACUAGGAAUCAAGGAAGAUGACGAGAAACAGAAACAACGGGAAAAGACUGCUGAUUUGCUGGAACGAGAGGUGUCGGGUAUUUCCCUGGACAAGUCCAAGUCAAGCGACGAGCCGGAGUUUGAUAUCAUUUCGGUGAAAAUCGCCGAUCUGGGCAAUGCAUGCUGGGUCGGCCACCACUUCACCAACGACAUCCAAACGCGACAGUACCGUUCGCCGGAAGUUAUCCUGGGUUCGAAGUGGGGCGCUAGCACGGAUAUUUGGAGCAUGGCUUGCAUGGUGUUCGAACUCAUCACUGGCGACUACCUCUUCGAUCCGCAAUCAGGGACUAAGUAUGGCAAAGACGACGAUCAUAUUGCACAAAUCAUUGAAUUGUUGGGACCCUUUCCGAAGUCCCUGUGUCUCUCGGGCAAGUGGUCGCAGGAGAUUUUCAACCGCAAAGGAGAACUCCGCAAUAUCCAUCGGUUGCGCCACUGGGCUCUUCCGGAUGUUCUCCGGGAGAAGUAUCAUUUCACGGUGGAGGAGAGCAUGCGCAUCAGCGAAUUUCUACUACCGAUGCUCGAGGUAUCCCCGGAGCGACGAGCCAACGCGGGUGGCAUGUCCGCCCACGAAUGGAUGCGGGAUACACUCGGCAUGGACGCCGUCGACCUGGGGGUCACACCGGGCAGCCGCGGCGAGGGCAUCGACGGAUGGGCAAUGGAGGUCAAGAGGCGAUAA